UUGAUUUUCACACCUUAAUAAUUGAUCUAGAAGGAAAUAAUUGGUUUAUAGUAACGGUCCUUGAAACAUAGAAAGAAAACCUGUUUUGUGACAAUAAGUAACGUUUAUAGUUCGAAUUAACAGCUUGUUCAUCACGAAAAACGCUCAAUUUGCAGUUUCUCCCAUUUUUCUUACCAAGUUCGACGACGCAGUGGGAAGGGUUAAAUCGCUUCUUUCCUCGCGAGCCUCCGGUUGUGAAAAGUGCCCAGAAAAAUUACUAACAGGUGGAAAAUGGUCAAAAUGAAAAUACUUCCGACAUAUGCAGUAGCGAUCUUCCUGCUGGUUUUCACAAUUGGCUGCGAAUGUGCUCCAAAUAAAUCCGAUGAAGUUGAAAGUGUGCCAAUAAGGACGAAGACAAAAGAGGAGAUACUCGCCGAGGAGGAGCAUUUCAAGACAAAUUUAGACCGGAGAACGAAAGAGUUGCUGGAGAAAAUGAACCAAAUGAUUGCAAACAAUAAAAAAAUAAUAAUAACAUCCAUCUCCGGGGCCGGAGGGGAAAGGUCAAAGCACAAGUUCAGCUUAGAGGUGGAGAGGAAUGCUAAUAGUUUAACAUCAACUGAAGACCCCCAAACGUAACACUUUCUCCUGUGUAAAAAGUACAUUAAAUGUAAAAAUAUAAUUUAUGAUACAUUA